UACUUAAUACACUAAAUACACAACAUCAUAAAAACAUUCCCGCUACCUUCCUUACAUACCAUCCGGAACUCUCCCUGCUUCCCGGAAUUCAAGUUUCCGGACUACACCACUUUUAAAAACAAAACGACUUAUCAACAUAAAAACCUAAGAACACUUACGGCAUUUCAAAUAAGCAAUUUCGAAAACCGCCUGUAACUGCAAGCGUUGGAAAAUCUACCUUAUUACAUAACGUUACGGUCGCAUUUUAAUUGCAAUAAUAUGCUCUGAAUUCGCCCUCCGCCCGAGUCGGAUUCCAUUCUGUGCUAUCAAACUUCAACAACGAAACGGCGUAUAAAUGUAUAAAAACAAGCGCACUUAGGACGUUUUAGAAUGGACAUAUUCGCAGCAAUGCGAUAAGGCGCGCGUUUGAAUUUGGACUUUAGUGCGUUACAAUAAGAUCGUGUUAGAUUGUAUGGAAUCUUCCGUCUCGGUCCGAUAUUACGCAUGCCAGUUAGUAGCAGCUGUCAUUGAGUGCAGACGUAUCAUUGUUUGUUUAAAACGCCAUUUUGUUAUAAAUUAUUGCAAUUUGAAGAGAAAAAUAAUAAAAAUAAGUGAGUAUAGUGCAAUGGAAAAUAAAGUGGAGAAGACCCGGGUAGAUUCAGAAUACCUAAUAUUAACUAUAAAAAAGCACGAAUGUAUAUGGAACAAAAACAGUUCAGCAUAUCAUACGAAAGGGGCAAAAGAGGACGCUUGGAACCAGAUAUGUGAGGAGUUGAUAUCAGGAUGGCAGGAUUUGGCAGAGCCGGCGAAAUUUUCUAAACAAUGGGAGCUAAAAAAGCGUUGGAACAACAUACGCGACUACUACAAGAAGGACUUGGCGCUCCAGCUCAGUGGCGCCAUCGGACAGACGAAAAGGAAGAGAUACGUCUUCUCCGAGACGCUGGACUUUCUUAGGCCGCUUAUGGACCAGUCACAGACCGAAAAACAAGAAGAACCGGAUGGACAAGAAAUAUAUCUAGAAGAACAUUUUUACAGCUCCGACGAAGACAGUAUUCAGUUAAAAAGAAAAGAAGUACAAGAAAACGAAAUCGUAGAAGAUAACAAACAUUUAUACGCUAUACCAACAAGAAGUACAGAUCUUCUAGAAGAAGACAGUGAUUGGUUGUUUUUAAGAAGUUUAUUGUCUGAUAUGAAGGAUAUGAAUAGGGCACAGAAGUUGGAAUUUAAAAUGGGAGUUUUGAAACUUUAUAAAGAUAUUGUGUUUCAAGCUAAAGAUGGGUACUCGUAUGAAGAUGAUAGCAAAAAUCCAUUGAAAUAAAGAUUGAUUCUAUAUUGUUUAA